ACACAGGAGACUCUGAUUCAGCUUUGUGAUCGGACCCCACUUGUUAUUGAUCAUAACACCGACUCAUUGAUUAGUAGAGUCACUUUAUCGCGUUGAAGCACAUUUAUUUCAAUCGAUCGAACUACAGAUAGAGAACCCGGAAGUGGUUGAUUAUUUUGGACGAGAGAACUGUCGAGAUGAGAGUGGUGUGGGGUUCGUGGCUCAGUUUGAAGAGACUCCGUCAUGUGUUUCCUGUAGGCUCAGGCUCACGCUCCCUAACCUCAGCCAGCAUGCAUCUGGUCCAGUUCUGCCAACGGGGAGCCGAGGGAAGCGUCAGGGUCGGUGUUGAGAGACAGAAUGGUGUCGUCGACCUGAAGGUGUUUGAUCAGUCUGUACCGUCCACCAUGAGAGAGUUCUUGGAACUGGGAGAGAAGGGCAUGGAGUGCGCUCAGAGAGCCGUGUCCAGUGGCGAGUGUGUGCUCCCUCAUUCUGAUAUCCAGCUCCUGUCUCCAGUCACCGGCCCAGAUAAGGUCGUGUGUGUGGGUAUGAACUACAGAGACCACUGCCUGGAGCAGAACGCCCCCAUCCCCUCUGAGCCCAUCAUCUUCAGCAAGUUCCCCUCCGCCAUCACGGGCCCUUACGAUGACAUCCAACUGCCAAACGAGAGCCAGGAGGUGGACUGGGAAGUCGAGCUUGCCUUUGUGAUCGGAAAAAAAGGAAAGCACAUCAAGGAGGAGGACGCUCUGAGUUAUGUCGCUGGCUUUACCGUAGCCAACGACGUCAGCGCUCGUGACUGGCAGAUGAAAAAGAACGGCAAGCAGUGGCUUCUGGGAAAAACGUUCGACACAUUCUGUCCGCUAGGGCCUGCCCUUGUUACCACAGGAGCGCUGAAGGACGUCCACAAUCUGGGGAUCCGGUGCCUGGUUAAUGGUGACGUAGUUCAGGACAGCAACACCAAUCAGCUGAUCUUUAAAACGGAGAAGCUGGUGGCGUGGGUGUCGCAGUUUGUGACUCUGUGCCCAGGCGACGUGUUUCUAACAGGCACGCCUCCAGGAGUGGGCGUGUUCCGAAAGCCACCCAUUUUCCUAAAGAAAGGAGACGUUGUGGAGUGUCAGAUCGAGGAGAUCGGGUCCAUCCGAAACAAGGUGGUGUGACUUCAGCAUGGUUGAAUGACUUUAUCCGAGCUACAUGGACGAAAAAAAUGACUGAUUUGUAUUUUCACUGCUUCAGCGUUGCAAUGUUUCCGAAAUCUUGAUCUGAGGCAUGUACACGAGAAAUGAUUUGUCCACAGUGCAGGUGCUGUGACAUUCCAGGAGAUGGCGCUCUGCUGAUUAUGGUUAGGGAGAACCAAUAUUGUAUGAUUUUUGAUUGAUUGAUUAAAAAAAAAAAAAUUAUAUAUAUAUAUAUAUAUAUAUAUAUAUAUAUAUAUAUAUAUAUAUAUAUAUAUAUAAAAUAACUCAGUGCAGGUUGUUUUAGUGUGGAUUUUGUGAAAUAAUACACAUUACACACACAUUUUCUAGGUUCUGGUCUGAAGUGGGGUGAAGCCAUGGCCUAAUGGUUAGAGAAGCGGCUUUGAGACCAAAAGGUUGCUGGGUCAAUUCCCUGGACCAGCAGGAAUGGCUGAAGUGCCCUUGAGCAAGGCACCAAACCCCCAACUGGCCCCCAGGCUGCUCUGGAUAUGUUGUACAUCACUCUGGAUAACAGCAUCUGCUAAAAUGCCAUCAGUGUACUGUAAUGUAACAUAAUCUGAAUUUAAGGAGACGGCUUUAAUCCAACAACAAUGAUGUAGAACCUU